AUGCGUUACCAAUCUUCAUUCCUCGCAUUCUCCCUCAUCACCACAAACGCAGCUCUUCAAAUACCAUCGCUGCUCUCACCACCGGAACCCUUCUACGCACCACUUUCCCUCAACCUCGAUAUCUCUUCAGAAGCAUCUUUAAUAUCAAAUGAAACCAUCCUUCCAGAUACCUCACCCGCCUCCUCAAAACCUAAACCCGAACUCCUCAAACGCAAUGGAAAUUGUCCUUCAAACUAUAAUUCGUGCUCUACUUUGAAUGCCGCAGAUGGGGGUGCAUGUUGUCCGGCUUCAGCAACUUGUUCAACAGAUGCUUCUCAUAAUAUAGCUUGUUGUGCAAUCGGCGCAUCAUGUACUGGCACCGUCACAACUCCUGGUGCGACUCCAGCAUCGGUUUCUGCGACGGUGACGGGAACAUUCGUGCCGAAUGCUUAUUUCCCAUUUCCAAUUCUACCUACGAAUUAUGUCAAUUCGGCAGCAUGUAGUAGCGCGACGGAUGCUUGUGCUAAGAAUUAUGCGAUUUGUACUGUUGAUCUUCAAGGGGGAAUGGGCGGUGCAAUUACGAUAUCGGCUCCAAAUGGAGGGGUAACUGUAGCAGCUAGUGUUCCCACCGGAGGAUACUUAGGAGAAGCUAGUGCGGCGAGUGUUUGUCAGAGUUUGAGUAGUGUUGCUUGUGCGGCUGUGGAGAGUGGAGGAUGUGCGAGAUAUGGAACAGGAACCGCGACAACAACUGCUGGUUUUGUUAUUGGGACGAACGGUGUUGGUGCUAUGAUUCCGAGACCAACUAUGAUGAAUUGUUUGCCAUAUGCGGCUGCUGCGGCUGGAGUUAUGGGGCUGGUGAUUUGA